AUUGGCGGCCGCCAUCUUAGCACGGCGGGGUCUGCGUUUCAAAGUGUUUUAUUAAUGUUAUUAUUUUUAAAGGGGGCCAUAUACGUUAUUACCGUGCUGUGGGCACAGAGCCGUGGAAAUACCAAUACGUUGUUUAGGGGUAAUUUCAGUCAGAACGCAGUGACUUAAAUUACCAGUGAGGAGAGCAGGCCGGACCCUGCAUUACAGUUCCCAGGUGCUGCCCGGGCCUGAGAGACUCAGGCACCACCAUGAUUAUAGAGGACUUCGAGGCGUUGAAAAACUGGUUGUCAAAGACCUUGGAACCUAUUUGUGAUGCCGACCCGUCAGCUCUUGCAAAAUACGUUCUUGCUUUGGUGAAAAAGGAUAAGAAUGACAGAGAGUUGAAGGCUUUGUGCAUAGAUCAGCUGGAUGUAUUUCUACAGAGAGACACUCAAGGAUUUGUGGAUAAACUAUUUGAAGCCGUCGGCAAUAAAAGCUACCUUGCUCAUGCUGAUUCUUCUUCGUCGGCCUCUGUAAAACCAGAGGCAUUGGAACAGCAAGAAAAAGAAGUGAAGAAAGAGGAGGUUCCCAAAGAAGAUGAAUCAAAGGAAAAAAAAGUUUCAAGAAGGGUUAACCACAGUCCUCAGCAAUCGAGCACCCGGCAUAGAGAAACUAGAGAGAACAGUAGAAAAAGGAGCAAUUCUGACCGUGAGAGUUCUUCCGUACAAAAUCCGUUCAGAUCAGCCGGACAGGAGCAGAAUGUUGAUAUUCCACAGAGUCGUUUGAGCGCAAACAAAAUUUUAAGUAUAAAAACCUCAAGGGGUAGAGAUGAUCGAAAGAAAGAUGACCGCCCCCGUAAACGGGAAUACGACCGAAAUGUACCCCGACGCGAUUCUUACAGGGACCGGUACAACCGGAGACGAGGAAGAAGCCGCAGUUAUAGCAGAAGCCGCAGUCGUAGUUGGAGUAAAGAAAGGCAACGAGACAGAGACAGGGAUAGAAGCCGAAGCCGAACAAGAAGUAGAACGAGGAGCAGAGACAAGGAUUCCGGGAAACCAAAAUAUGAAGUUGAUAGGCCGGACUCUGCAGAUUAUUCAGCAGGAUCUUCAGUGCCCCACAUUGCGUCUCCGCAUUACCCAGUUCCAACCCUGAGCAGCACCAUUACUGUAAUCGCGCCGUCACACCACGGAAGCAAUGCCGCGGAAAACUGGCCGGAGUUUCACGAAGAUCAGGUUGACCAUGGUGCUUACGGCAGACCUUCCGUGCCCAAGAAACGCUGCAGGGACUAUGACGAAAAGGGUUUCUGCAUGAGAGGGGAUAUGUGCCCUUUUGAUCACGGCAGCGACCCUGUUGUAGUGGAAGAUGUUAAUCUACCUGGCAUACUGCCGUUCCCGGCACAGCCUCCUGGCGUGGAUGUGGCACCUCCACCAGGCCUUCCUCCUCCACCGUCCCUUUUAACACCGCCACCCGUAAAUCUUCGCCCCCCAGUACCACCUCCGGGUCCUCUUCCACCCAGCCUUCCUCCAGUCACAGCAGGUCCCCCUCCUCCACUUCCGCCUUUACAGCCGGCUGGAAUGGAUGCUCCUCCUAAUUCUGCCACCAGCUCUGUACCCACUGUUGUGACUACAGGAAUCCACCAUCCUCCUCCGCCGGUCGCACCCCCGUCCCUUUUCUCACCCGCAGUAACGGGGCCGAUUUCCAUUUUCCCUGAAACAUAUGAAGCAGAUGGGUAUAAUCCAGAAGCGCCAAGCAUGACAAAUACGGCGAGGCCUAUGUAUCGGCAUCGUGUACACGCCCAGCGGCCUAAUUUAAUAGGCUUGACUUCUGGAGACAUGGAUCUACGCCCGAGAGAGAAGGUCAUCAACAACAAUAUGAGGGUUGUGGUGGAUUCCGAAUCUCGUAAAAGAAAUCUUGCGCACAUGGACUCUGGAAUACAUCCCAAAAAACCCUGGUUUGACAAAUCAAACUUUAAUAGAUUAAACAACCCUGGCUUCCAGAAGAAGGGACCAUUUCCAAAUGAAAAUACUAAACUUGAAUUAAGGAGAAUACCUCCGGAGCUGAACAACAUUAGUAAAUUGAAUGAGCAUUUUUGUAAAUUUGGCACCUUGGUGAAUGUGCAGGUUGCUUAUGAAGGCGAUCCAGAAGGUGCUCUUAUCCAAUUUGCAACUUAUGGAGAAGCAAAGAAAGCAAUAUCUAGCACAGAAGCGGUUUUAAAUAAUCGCUUUAUCAAGAUGUACUGGCAUCGAGAAGGCCACUCCCAACAAAUACUAGCUCCAGCUGCUCCGAAGGUUGGUCAGCUUACGACGCAGCCACCCAAUUUGCCUGUUGUGAAGCAGUCCGUGAAGGAACGUCUAGGACCGGUCCCUUCGAGUAAUAUGGAGCCAGUAGAGGCCCAGAGCGCCAAUGCAGAAACUGCUCAGAAUGUAACCAAAGUGUCAAUCAAAGACAGGUUGGGUUAUAUCUCAAAACCCACUUCUGCCACCACAGAAAAGGUCCUGUCGACCUCCACCGGUCUCACAAAAACAGUUUACAACCCAGCGGCUUUGAAAGCCAUGCAGAAGUCCCUGCCCUAUCCUCCUUCCAUAGACAGCAGCGAGGCGCAGAAAAAGAAACAGGAAGCUCUAAAACUUCAACAAGAUGUAAUGAAGAAGAAGCAGGAGAUACUGGAGAAGCACAUAGAAACACAGAAGAUACUUAUAUCAAAAUUAGAAAAAAAUAAGAAUAUGAAACCUGAGGACAAGACAGAUAUUUUGAAAACCCUGGAGAUCUUGACCAAUAGCAUUACAAAAUUAAGAGAUGAAUUGAAAGCAUCCCCUCCAACUGCAAAUGCAGUAAAAAGUAACAAAAGCAAAGCCCAGAUGCAAAAGGAGCUUCUUGACACGGAGCUAGAUCUGUACAAGAAAAAUCAAGCUGGAGAGAAUGUAGCUGAACUAAGGAAGAAAUACACUGAGCUUCAGCUUGAGGCAGCAAAACGUGGAAUUCUUUCUUCUGGUCGUGGCCGGGGAGCCCACCAGAGGGGGAGGGGUAUGUCACGUGGUAGAGGUCGGGGCUUACGUGGCAGGGGAAGAGGCAUUCAUCAUCACGCUGUGGUAGAUCACCGGCCUAGAGCUUUAGAGAUAUCUGGUUUUGCUGAAAGUGAUAGAGAAGACCUGCUUCCUCAUUUUGCGCAAUUCGGUGAAAUCGAAGACUGCCGGAUAGAUGACUCCGGUCUUCACGCAAUAAUCUCUUUCCGGACAAGAGCUGAAGCUGAGGCUGCUGCAAUCCAUGGAGCACAUUUCAAAGGACAGAACCUAAGAUUAGCCUGGAAUAAACCGGUACCACGUGCGUCCAGCGCGGAAGCAGAAGACGCUGAACAAGAGGAAGAAGAAUUCCAGGAAGAUUCAAUAGUGGAUGACUCUUUACUACAGGACGACGAUGAAGAGGAAGAAGAUAAUGAAUCACGUUCUUGGAGGAGAUGAUUCGUCUAGACUGAGCGACAAAUGCCUUGGAUUCACAUUCAGAUCACCUAAUGCACUUUUCCAUAUAAUGUGUUCCUGCAUUUCUGUGAGAAAGGUGUGCUGGACUCCUUGGUUUAAAAAAAGAAA